AUGUCCAAGACUGUGCUUGAAGACGAUUGUCUUCGUGGCUCUACGAGCGGAAUCGAAACUGUCGUGAGCCUUGCAAAUGUUAUGGAACGAAUGGACUCGCUGUGAUGAAUUUGUGUUCGACUUGAUGGACAACGUGGACUUCUCAGACUAACUGUAACGGAGAAGUACUUUUAACAGUUUCCUCUUCGUGAUCUGCCUCUAAACACCGUUCCGGUGAGCCAGUCGUGCCAGAAACUCAGACGAAUAUUACCAACCCAGCAACUCGAAGAGAGGCGGAGGGAAUUGUGGUUUCGAUCUAUGAAAAAGCGCUGUCUUCCCUAGUUAAUGCUGGCGAUUUGUCCUUCUUGCCAGAACAACAACAAGGGGCUACAACAACUUCCGACAUGAUUGAC